AUGACCCGUUAUCAUCUAUCUAUCUAUCUAUCUAUCUAUCUAUCUAUCUAUCUAUCUAUCUAUCUAUCUCGUUCAUAUCUAUCUAUCUAUCUAUCUAAUCUAUCUCGUUCAUAUCUAUCUAUCUAUCUAUCUAUCUAUCUAUCUAUCUAUCUAUCUAUCUAUUUCUCUUCUCUUCUAUCUAUCUAUCUAUCUAUCUAUCUCGUUCUCUUCUAUCUAUCUAUCUAUCUAUCUAUCUAUCUAUCUAUCUAUCUAUCUAUCUUCAUUCUCUAUCUAUCUAUCUAUCUAUCUAUCUCAUAUCUAUCUAAUCUAUCUCUUCUCUAUACUUUCUUAGCCCUCAAUAUCGUCCUGUAUAUAUACAGUCUUUCAGGCUUAUUUCAUUCUUCCUGUUUUUCGUUCUUUCUCUCUUUCAGUGUCUUUCUUUGUGUCACACUCAAUCCCUAUUUUCUCAUGGAUUUAUUUGAAUCUUUUUCUUUUGUCUACCCUCUUUUAUUCAUUCAAGUUUCUCUUUUCCUCUUUUCCAUUUUUGUGUCUCACUUUUUUUCUUUUUUCUGUCUUACUUUUUCUUCAUCGUUUUCUUUCUUGUUUCGCCGUUUGUCUGUCUGUCUGUUUCUUUCUUUGUUUCUAUCUUUCUCUCUGUCUACUUUUUUUUCAUUUAUUUUUAACCUCCCUUUUUUCAUUCGUUUUUCAUUUCCUAUCUUCACCGCUUUUUUCUUUUCUUUUCUUUCUUUCUUUCUUUCUUUCUUUCUUUCUUUCUUUCUUAUCAAUUUAUCCAUUCAUUCAUUUUUUCUUUUUUUCUUUAGUUUAUUUCGAUUUCUUUUUAUUCUACUUCUCAAACUUCUUCUCUAUCGUCUUUAUUUUGCUUUCUUCUUUUCUUUAUAUUUUCAGUUACCCGCGUUCCUUCAUUUUGUUGGUUUUGUUUUGGUUUACCAAUCCUGGUUUCGCCAUUUCCCUGCAAUUUUUUCCCGCCCUUUUCCCUGCCUUUUUCGCAGCCUUUUCCCUGGCCAUUUUCUUGUCUUUUCCCCUGAAAAAUUCUCUGCCAUAUUCCUAGCCAUUUCCCCCGCCUUUUUCCCUGGAAUUUUCCCUACCUUUUCUCUGCCACAUUUUUCCUGUCUUUUUAACAGGCAUUUUCCCUACCUUUUAUCCUGCCAUUUUAAAUUGUUAUUUUCCCUGCCUUUUGUCCCUGCCAUUUUCCCCGCGUUUUUCCCUGCCAUUUUCCCUGAAAUUUUCCCAGACAUUUUCCUUCUUUUUUUUUCCUUCCAUACCCCCGGCCAUUUUCCCAGCCAUAUCUCUGCCUUUUCCCCUGCUAUUUUCUCUGCCAUUUUCCCUGCCAUUUUCCCUCACUCUUUCGCUGCCAUUUUCCCUGCCCCUUUCCCAGGCAUUUACCAUGUCAUUUUACCUGGAAUUUUCCCUGCUUUUCCCAGCCAUUUUCUCUGCCCCUUCCCCAGGCAUUUUCCAAGCCUUUUACCUCCCAAUUUCCCUGCCAUCUUCCUUGCCAUUUUUUCUGCGAUUUCCCUGCAUGUUUCCUGUCAUUUUCCCUGUGACUUUUCCCCUGAUUUUCUCCCUGCCAUUUGCCUUGCCUUUUACCCUGAAUUUUCCCUGCCAUUUUCCCUGCCUUUUUUCCUUCAUUUUCCCUGUCAUUUCCCCUGCGAUUUUCCCUGCCUGUUUCCAACCAUUUUCCCUGCCUUUUCCCCUGCCAUUUUCCCUCAUUUUCCCUGUCAUAUUUCCUGGCUUUUCCCAUGUCAUUUUCCCUGUCAUUUUCCCUGUCAUUUCCCUGCCAUUUUCCCUGCCUUUUACCCUGACUUUUCCCUACCAUUUUCCCUGUCAUGUUUCCUGGCUUUUCCCAUGCCAUUUUCCCUGUCAUUUUCCCUGUCAUUUCCCUGCCAUUUUCCCUGCCUUUUACCCUGGCUUUUCCCUGGAUUUUUCCUACCAUUUUCUCUGUCAUGUUUCCUGUCUUUUCCCAUGCCAUUUCUCCUGUCAUUUUCCCUGUCAUUUUCCCUGCCUUUUACCCUGACUUUUCCCUGCCAUUUUCCCUGGGUUUUUCCUACCAUUUUCCUUGGCUUUUCCUACCAUUUUCCCUGCCAUUUUCCCUGUCAUUUUUCCCUGCCUUUUUUCCUUGUCAUAUUCCCUGCCUUUUCCCCUGCCUUUUUGUUUAAUCUUUUCAACUCUCUCUCUCUCUCUCUCUCUCUCUCUCUCUCUUCUUUCCACUUCACUUGUCCGCGUAUAUUUUUCUUUCUUGUUAUUUUAAAUGAUACUCUGUGUUUUUCUCUCUCUUUCUUUCCUCUUCACUUUCGAAGUAUGUUCUUCUUCUUUGUCAUUUUAAAUGACACACUCUCUCUCUUUCUCUCUCUCUCUCUCAUUCAUUCUUUUUUUCUCUUUCUUUUUACUUUCCCCUACACAUUUCCUAUAUAUUUUUUAUUCCUUAUCAUUUUAAAUGACACGCUCUUUCUCUUUCACUCUCUCCUUCUUCCUUUCCUCUUCACUUUUCCUACGAUAUUUUUCUUUCUUGUCAUUUUAAAUGACGUACACUCUCUCUCUUUCUCUCUUUUCCUUUACCCUUCAUUUUUCCUAAUAUGUUUUCCUUCCUUUAUAACCUUCGAAUUCUUCCCUCUCUCUCUCUCUCUCUCUCUCUCUCUCUCUCUCUCUUUCUCUGAAGGUCUCCUUUUGAGGCCUUUUCUUACUUCCUCUCUUUCUCUUUUCGUCCUGUCUAUGGCCUUGGGUGACGAUUCAGUUGAAACUGCUUUCUUUCUUUCGUCUCGGUGUAGCAGCAUUCUCAACUGCUCUCUCUCUCUCUUCUUCGUCUCGUUGUGGCAGCAUUCUCCUUUGAGAUCUUUUCUUCCUUUCUUUUCCUUUUCCCAUAAGUAUCUCUUUUUGAGAUCAUUUCUUGCUUUCUUCUCUUCUUUUUCUAUAAGUGCCUGGUCUCGGAACUUGAGCGUCUUGCUGCUGAAUGAUGUUCGCUACUCUGACAUUGAAGACUCUCUCCAACAUUUCAUUCGGAAUUCUCUUUAUUUCUCUCUUGGUGUUUUCUUUCAGCCCGUCAGUUGUGUCUGUUUCUUUCCGCUUCUUCCUCUCUGUUUGCUUGUUUCUUUCUUUCUUUUCCUCGCUUUCUUUCUUUCUUUUUUUCUUUGUAACAUUGCGUCUUUCUUACAUUCUUCCAGGCUUACUUUCUGUCUUUUCAAUUAUACCCGACUUCUUCUUCUUUCUUUCUUUCUUUCUUUCUUUCUUUCUUUCUUUCUUUCUUUUUCAUUUUUUCUCCAUCUUUCUUUUUUCUCACAUUUUCUUUUUUCUUUCUUCCUUCCUACAUUUCUGUCUGUUCAAUUUUUGCUUCACUUGUUCCUCUUUCUUUCUAACAUUCUUUUUUCCUUCCUUCCUUCCUUUCUUCCUUCCUCCCUUAUUUCCUCCCAUCCCCCCUUCCAUCCCUUCCUCCCUUCCUUCCUUUCACCCUUCCUUCCUCCCUCCGAUCCUUUCUCCCUUCCUUCCUUUCACCCUCUCUCCCUCCCUCCCUCCCUCCCUCACUUCCUUCCUUCCUUUCAUUCCUUCCUUCCAUUCUUUCCUUCCUUUCAUAUUUUCUCCACUUCUUUCUGUUUCUUUCUUUGUCAUAUACCCAAAGAGUAUCAUAAUGUCGGAUCAUAUCGAGUAUAA